GCUCAUAGGGGGAGAGAGAGAGACAGAGAGACAGCAGAGGGCUGAAGUCAUCAGCCGGCCGGCAGGAGGGGAGUAAAUGGGUCCUGCACGCGAAGCAGAAAAGCGCUGAAACUGCGGAGAUUUACUUGGGUUCAGUUGGCUGCAGCCGUCGACAGCGAGCUAGAGGAGGAGUGUGUUUGACAGCCAAAAGAACUACAAAACCUUCAUUUGACACAUUUAUUUUGUCUUUGCUAGUGUUGGUCCCGUGGUGGCUUUUCACUUUGUUUGUGCUUUAGAUGAUGCUGAGAUGAAGCCGAGACCCUCGGUGCGCCUGGCACAUUAGGGUAUCCACACACACCAGGACGCACGGCGCAUCUCCACUGAGAGAGACGGGGAGAGGGGGGGGAAGGUCCAUUUGGAGUUCUGUACAUGGAUAUGAUAACGCAAACUCUUUGAGAGUCAUGUUUACUCAUAAAUAAUAAUUAUAUCCAUCUUUCUGACCUGCACUAAUGAUUGGUUUUGCUGUCCUACGGCGCACACCGUUUUUUGGAAGGCAUGGUCUUUAUCACAGCACGGAUAACGGAUCCCUGACUCCGUCUGGCUUUCUUGGCACAUAUGAAGAUCCUAUCCAGGAUGUUACAGUCUAAGCGGCCCAGGCAUCAUUGGGCCACCGUACACUACCAUCACCACAUAUCACCACAUAGCUGGGGGUCCUGCCGUAUCUAGGAAUAAUCUACCCUCCUCACUCUGCCUCCGUCUGGGGGAAGAACACGGAAUCUUAUCCAAAAAGUGAUUUGGUAAACAUUGACAUUGGCUUUAAGAGUCUCAUCUCUGGGCUACUAUGCAAUUACAACUGAUCUCCUUUGCUUUGAUCAUCUUGCACUGCAUGGAUUACACUGGUUGUCAGCAGCACAGCAGCUCCAGGCACCGGCAAAAUAAACAGAUCUCUGGUGUGAGCUCAGGGUGCCAGCAGGGUGGCUGUCUGACCUGCUCUGACUACAAUGGCUGCCUGUCCUGCAAGCCGCGCUUCUUCAUGCAUUUGGAGAGGAUUGGGAUGAAGCAGAUCGGGGUGUGCAUGACUUCCUGUCCUCCAGGCUUUUACGGCACACGCUCCCCAGAAAGAAACACCUGCACAAAGUGCAGGUCGGAGUGCGACUCCUGCUUCUACAAGAACUUCUGCACACACUGCCGGGCAGGAUUCUACCUUCACCUGGGCAAGUGCCAGGAGAACUGCCCCGAGGGGCUGGUCCGCAGUGACACACAGAGGGAGUGUGUUCCCAGGUGCCCUGCAGAGUGUGAGGUGUGUGUGAACAGUGAGACAUGCACAAAGUGCAGGCCAGGCCUGUACCAGCUCAGCGGGAGGUGCCACCAUGUCUGUCCAGAGGACUACGAGCCUAAUGGCAUACUCAUGGAGUGCACACCACAAGUGCACUGCGAGGUGGGCGAGUGGAGCGAGUGGAGCCCCUGCUCUCGGUCCGGUAAAACCUGUGGGUUCAAGCGAGGACAGGAGACCCGCACACGGCAGCUCCUCCAGUCUCCAUCCCCCUUUGGCAAUCCCUGCCCUGGGAUGUCAGAAACCAAAGAGUGCCUGGUCAAGAGGAGGAAAUGUCCAGGACGGAGGAAGAAUGAGCGAAGAGAACAGAGGAAUCGCAACAACCGAAAAGAUAAGGAGAACCAGGAGGGGCGACGGGAGAGGAAGAGAGAAAGGGAGCGAGAGAGGGACACAGGUGAACGUGAGGACUCUGAUAACAGGAACAAAACGGAGCACAGGCAUCGCAGAGGCCACGACACAGACCCAGUGUCCCCUGAGGACGGCCUUGUACAGUAGUGCUCUGGACAGACAAAGUCUAGCGCCUCCCCACCCUCCUCCUGUUAUCCUCCCAUUCUUCCUUCUCCACAACUCGCCCAUCCUCACCCACUGUUCACCCCCUCGACCCCUCUCUGCAGGGGUGUUGCUGCUACCUGUAUGAUUUGAAUAUAAUGUUUAUGCACCAGCGAUUUGGGGCACAUUCAGCCACAAGGCUUGGACUUUCAAAAGUCUUUUUUUUCCUAACCUGUAGCCUUCACUUCCACCACUGAGAGAGUGUCUCUGUUGAAAUGUGCAGGAGACACUGCUGAGACUGCUAUCGGGACUGAAGAACAAAGCGAGAAAUUCAAAUGUCUGUGACUGUGUGGCGGACUGGCGGGCUGGCAGACAGACGGACAGAGAGACAAAGACGCUAUACUAUGUGCUUGUUGAUAUGGUUAUUUAAUGGGGCCCUGGUACAUUGCGCGUCUUGGUUUUUGAAUGUAGAUUUUGCAACAUUAUGUAGAACAAUUGUUUAUUGUUGUCGUUCCUGUAUAGAUCCUGUAUAGAUCUCUUUACUUUAUUUUAUUUGGUGCAGAAUUUGUAAAGAAAAAAUAAAAGUGAGUUUGCUAAUUGCCAUCUCGUGACAUUUUUAUAAUCGCUACCAGUGACAGAUGUAGGAGAACCUGCAUGCUGUGAAUCAAAGGAUUAUGGUCAAAAACUGAAAUAUCAUUAACAUGUGUUCUGUACUUCUUGGACAAAAGCUAGUUUGAUCCAGAUAAGUGAUGAAUCUAAUCUACCAUUGGUUUUUCUUUUUGUGUAAAUGGAAUCUGUGCUCCCAGUAAAGCUCCUUGACUAGGAACCAAAAGCACCUGUAUGUCAAAUAAAACUAUAAUGGGUUUGUA